AUGGGCGACGCCUACAGCAACAACAACAAUGACGACGACGACAACUACUCGGUGCAGGCCGAGGCGGCGCGCAUCCUGCACGAGCGGCUGCUGAACGACGCGUCGCUGGGGCUGCCGCCGUCGUUUGCCGAGGCGGCGCGCAAGAUCCGCAUCGUCGGCGACGACCCGAAGCCGUUUGUGCCGACGCCGUGCAAGAUGACCGAGUCGUCGACGGCGCUGACGGCCCUGGUGGCGGCCGCGGCCAGCGCCGUGGCCGCCGAUCGCUACGGCAUCGACUACCAGGACGUCGAGGUCAACUCCGACCUCGCCACCCUCUUCCUCGAGUCCGUCCUCCUCCCCACGACGCAAUCGGCGUCGCAGCCGUCGCCGCAGUCGUACCUCGCGCACCCGCAGCUGCAGCGCGAGUUCGCCAAGGGCGACCACUACGCCACGUCCAAGCCCAUCCACCAGGAAGCCACCAACGUGUACCGCACGCGCGACGGGCGGUGGUACCACCUGCACGGCUCCAUGAACGCGGCCGCCACGAUGCGCAUGGUCGGCGUGGCCGAGCAGGACGUGACGCGCGACGAGGCCAUCGCCGUCUACGCCGCCGCCGUCGGGAGCCGCGACGCCGCCGAGCUCGAGGCCCUGGCCAACGGGCCCGACUACCGCCAGGCCGGCGUGACGUGCCUGCGACCGGACGAGUUCUUCGCCUCGGACCAGGGCCGCGUCAUGGGCGCCGAGCCGCUGUGGACGCGCCGCGACGUGCCCGCGCCCGCGCCCACCCCGUGGCCUGAGGCGCCAUCACCGUCGAACCACGGCUUCAAGCCGCUGGCCGGCAUCCGCGUCAUCGACUUCUCGCGCGUCAUCGCCGCGCCCGUCAUCUCCAAGCUGCUGGCCGUGCUGGGCGCCGACGUCAUCAAAGUGACCAACGAGAACCUGCCGGACCUGUCGAUCCUGUGGAUGGACCUCAGCACCGGCAAGCGCGACGCCAACGUGGACCUCAAGUCGGCCGCGGGCAGGGAGCAGUUCGCGCGGCUGGUCGCCGGCGCCGACGUGCUCGUCGACGGCUACCGCCCGGGCGUGCUCGAGCGCCUCGGCUUCGACGCCGCGAGGCUGCGCGAGCUCAACCCGGCCCUCGUGUACGCGCGCGAGAACUGCUACGGCUUCAAGGGCCCGCUCGCCCACCGCUCCGGCUGGCAGCAGAUCAGCGACUGCCUCGUCGGCAUCUCCUGGCUGCAGGGCGAGUUCCUGGGCCUCGACGAGCCCGUCGUCCCGCUGCUGCCAAACUCCGACUACCAAACCGGCCUCGUCGGCGCCGCCGCCAUCCUGCACGCCCUGCUCGCCCGCACAAAGGCCGCCGCCACCUCCGACAUCGACGUCUCCCUCACCCAGUACAACAUCUGGUACUACCGCCUCGGCCAGUACGGGCCCACCCAGCGCGCCGCCCUACUCGCCCGCAACGAGGGGUUCCGCGUCCGCCACUACGACGAGAUGCAGACGCUGCUGUUCAAGAGCCACGACGCCAUCAAAAAGGCCCGCCCCGACCUCUUCCGCCACCCUGACUUCUUCUGGUCCAUGUCCGGCAAGGAGUGGGGCAUCGACGAGGACGUCAACAUCUUGGCGCCUGCGUUCAAGUUUGAGAAGUCUGAGCUGGGGUAUGCGGUGCCGUCCGGGUCGAGGGGGAGGUCGAAACCGGAGUGGUAG